AUGUCUACAGUAAUCGCUGCUCCCUUCCAACAACCUUCGACCUUUGGUUCCCAAUUCCACAAUAUGACCAACAGCCCUACACAACCUACCGCCCAGCGCAACAACAGGCCGCCGCGUAUUCGCAACGGAAACAUUCACAAUGAAGAGAAGAACACCCAGUCCGAUUCAGGCCUUCCCUCGCAAGCGACCACUCCAAAGCCAAAGAAGUCCAGGCCCAGACAGAACGAUAACCGCGCUGCUUCCAACAGUGAUGUGCCCAAGUCCACAAGUGCGCGAUCCAAGCCCCAACACAAGUCACCUACCGCUACUCCUGCGAAAGCUGCUGCCUAUGCUGGUCCUACCUUCCACGCUUCCCCCGCCGCCUCAAAUCUGCCGAUGCCCAAGUUUGCGAGCAAGUCGGUACCCCCUGUCACCACAAGCAAUUCCAUGCAAGCCAAACUCGACGCCGAAUCCACAAAGCUCAAUGCGCCUUCGCCGUCUCUCGACAAUGCUGCCCCGCAAGCUCUGUCGAGGGAGAGAUCUCCACUCGAUAUAUUCUUCAACGCCGACAGGCAAGAGCGAGCCAUCAAGAGUUCUCCUUUGGCCCAGAGACGUGCUACACCACCGGAAGCGAAGGGCAUGUUCAACCUAGACAUUGACUCUUCAAGCAGCCCUGCUGCCAAUCGUAAUCAGGCAGAGAUCGACAGACAAGCUUAUACGCAAUCGCUGAAGAACUUUUUAAACCUGCAGCCCNCCACCACUUCUCCUGCCCAGCCUCGCGCUCAGCCGAAUCCUGCAUUCCAGACGCCUCGGCAGCAGCGCACGCUUGAUGCUGAUCCUUCUUUGCAUUAUGGAAACCGCAGUCUGACUCCUCUCUUCCAUGCUGCUCGCAAUCCUUCUUCUCCUCAAACCACUGCAAACCUUACUCCCAAGCGCGAGCCUGCGGGUCAUGCGCAGCAACCUUUUGAUCCUCGUGCCUACCUCGAAUCUCAGUCGCCCUUCAUUUCGCGUCCUCAACAUGCUGCAGCCUCGUCCCAGCAGCAUCACUACCAGCCUCAGCCUUACCACAGUCCUGCACAGUAUGUUGGAGCUCAUCGGCCACAACCACCUCCUCCCCAGCGUCCCUCUGAACCUGAUCAUUCUCCUGAUGUCAAGGGCAUGGAGGCUAAGCUCAGGGGCAUGCUCAAACUCACCUAA